UCCAGAUGUUCAGGAUAGAGCUCGGUCUCAAUUGCGGUCCACCAUGGCAGAGGCGGGCUUGAGGCCUCCCAAGGCCCUUGCGGUGCCUGACGCUUUUUCCGGUCUUAACUUGACCCAAUUACUCCUCCCAGUCUAUCGUAAUGCGACCGGUAAGCUGCGCGGGGAAUGGGUACGCCACAGACAGAACAAAGAACAUGCCCUGUUGAACACGACUGCAAUUGCACUGGAGAACGAAUACUUCACGCACGAGUUCAGUCACAAUGUUACGGGGGAUAGUGGCACAUUUUACCUUGAUCUCCGGGAGGGCGGUGGUGAGGAGGUUCAGUUGCCUGAAGGCCAGGUUCGGGAGAUUCGAGCAACUUUGGCUGUAGAGAGUGGCGAUUUCUGGGGUAAUACCUGGUACCUAUCGCUGUUCGGUGUUCAUUUCCCGGAGACGGGUGCCAUCAUCUUGACUACAACCAGCGAGAAAUUUGGUGGCGUAUUCACAUUACCGCAUCUGAUGCUCUCGCCUGACGCAUACAAUCUCACCCACCAGCUUCUCGUCAAGUCCCUCUCGGACACUAUAUCCGAGAAGCAGAAUCGACCUCCUACCCUAUUUCCUUGGUCCUCACUUGUCGGGACGGAGCAGGUGGAAUACCCGGCUCCAAAAUGUGAACAUAUCGUCUACCUCCAGCUGCACCCCGUCGCGAUCCACGGCUACCUCACAGAUAAAACGAUCAUCGAGCAGAUAGAACAAGAGCUGAGAUAUCCAAUGGGAGCCCCUAUUCCGUCUCCACCACUGUUAGUCAUGUCAGCUGUCGUCUUCUCGCCUGAUUGUGGGUACAUCCUGGAGACCAAGGGAGCUCCUGACUUCCCACCAACAGAAGCACUCUAUUUAUCAGGACCGAAGAUGGAGGAAUUCGGCAAAUUCUCUGCUCGCAUCAUUUUUAUGAUCUCGGCCUUUUCUGUUGGCCAGAUCGCAUUACUCUUGCGCCAAAUCAAAGAAGCAUCCACGCCAUCUACUAGAAGCCGGAUCAGCUUCUACACGAUCGCGCUCAUGGCGUUCGGCGAUUCUUUCGUACUUGUCUUCAUGCUGCUGGAGCUUUAUCCGGCCGUUUCAUUCCUUGUUAUGACAACAGCAUCCUUCUUGACCUUCCUCUCGGUCAGUUAUAUCGGAAUGAAAUUUAUGAUGGAAAUAUGGGCAGUCCAGGCCCCGGAGCGAAGAGAACAAGAACGUCGACCGAAUCCUACUACGCGGCCAGGGAAUCUUCCCCUCCCUGCCACUACGACUCGAGUCACUGAUACGGGCGCAACACCUAUCAUUUUGACCCCCGACCAGGACCCUCCAUCAGAAGAAAACGAACCUCCCGCGAAUCGGGGCGCCACGCCGAGUGCGCAGGACACGCGGGGUGAUAUCGGUGCCAUGUACGCUCGGUUCUACUUUAUAUUGUUUGUCCUCCUCAUAAUAUCCGUCUGGUCCUUCCUUUGGCCGAACCGUAUGGGAGCAAUAUAUGCUCGGACCCUCGGAUUUAUUUAUCUGUCCUUCUGGGUACCCCAGAUAUAUCGUAAUGUCAUGCGCAAUUGCCGCAAAGCACUGCGCUGGGAGUUUGUGGUUGGUCAAAGUUUCCUUCGACUUUUUCCAUUUAUCUACUUUUUGACUGCACGCGGGAAUGUGCUUUUCAUUCGACCCGACUCGACCACAGCCCUGGCACUGGCUGGCUGGGUGUGGGUUCAGGUCUGGGUGUUGGCUAGCCAGGACAUUCUGGGACCCCGUUUCUUUGUUCCUAGUGGGUGGGCGCCACCCGCCUAUGACUAUCAUCCCGUGCUACGCGACAGUUCAGGAUCAGGUGACGAUCUUGAGUCUGGCGGAGUCCUUCCAAUCGGGGCCUUGAGGGCUGACGAGCGGGAAUACUCCAUGGAAGCCAGGGAUGAAGAUAAGCAACGGGCGAAAGAUAAGAAGAAGGCAGUGUUUGACUGUGCCAUUUGCAUGCAAGAAAUCGAGGUUCCUGUCCUUGCAGCUGCGGGUGGUGCAGGCAGUAGCAGCAUGACGGACGGGGCCACCAGUCUCCUUAGCCGACGGACAUACAUGGUCACCCCAUGUCGGCAUAUCUUCCAUAGUACCUGUCUCGAGAGCUGGAUGCGACUUCGAUUGCAGUGUCCCAUUUGCCGAGAGUCCAUUCCACCAGUGUAGGCACAUGGAAAGCACAAACUGUACUUCUUUACUCUACAUGGGCAAAUUAUUCACAGCUCUCCGGGACCACUGGUAGCGGAGAUACUCGUUAAGAUCUCUCUUACAUAUACCCAGCGGUCUAUACCGUACGUGACAGGUCAGCUAGCUAGCAGGUAUAUUGCGUGUAUUUAAGCACCGAUUCAAUGUAUGAUUACAGUAGAAUCUGAAUCCUUGAAGAUAUGACCGCAAAGAAAUCUUAGGGGAUUG